GGAGUAACUAAGCGAUCUCUCUCUUGAUGCCAUAAACUCUUCAGAUCCUGUAAUAAAUAAGAAAUCAUUCGAAGAAUUUUUUCAUUUUGAACAAUUCAUACUGUUACAGUCUUAAUCUUGAUCUCAAAGAUAUUUCAGAUCAGGGAUCCUUCUACGAAUGUUUCCUCUUUGACCAAUUUAUACUUGUACAGUUUUGAUAUCGAUAUCAUAGACCAUUCAAAUCUUAGAAUAACUAAGGGAUCUCUCAGCGAAUCUUUCAACAAUUUUGAACAAUUCAUACUGUUACAGUCUUAAUCUUAAGCUCAUAGACUGCUCAGAUGGUUUUCGAUCAUUUUUAUAUGUUUACAUAUAUGUACAUACAUAUGUAUAUAAUUCUCUAUCUACUCAUUCACUGCCUUAUUGCGCUACGUAAGCAAAGCGUUUUCGUUUUCAACAACCACUUUAUUCUUCACUUUGUCAUAUUCGUUUAUUAUCAGCCUUUGUCUUUUUUUUAUUCAGUUAUAUUUUUUUUUAUUCAUUUAUAUUUAUUAGUAUUUCUCAUAUUAUUCGUUUAUUCCCCCCUUUAUACUUGUCCACGCCGAACACAUAUCAGCGCAUUGCUUGAAUUGUUUUUGUCACCGCGCGGUUGUCUUAUCGUUUAUUCUUUGUUGCCUGUCAUGUCGGUGCUGUCAUUGUUGCUAGUUCUAGCAGUUGUUCGUAUUGUAUUGUGUUGUCAUAUGUUAAACUCGUUCGCGGUAUGCGCUGUUGUUUAGCGCUUAGCCACCACCAACAGCCAGUUCGCCAGCCAACCAGCCAACAAAUCAGCGAGUCAGCGCGUCAACCAAGAUAUUAUUGCUUUGGGGCGACGACUCGACGCUACGUUGGUCGCGCACUGAUCGCAAUGGCCGUGCGCAUAGACAACCAGAACCAUGUCGUCGUGGUCGCGUCGUCUAUGAGUCUUCAGUUCUUGCGAACUUACGGCAUUUCAGCAGUCGGCAUACAAAGUGAUCGUCGCCAAGAUCGUUGUGGCUACUGAAAGCGCUGGCAUUUUCGUAACGUUCUUGUCGUUCAUUAUUGUACUUCUAUACUUAUUUGUUGUAACGUCGUGUGGUGUAUUUAUGUAAAACUGAUUUGGCAUUCUUUUUUUGUCCAUCCAACAUCCGCUGUGAAUUUCGAGCGGUUUGAUGAACGCGUCGUAGGCACGAACGCGCGGAAAAAGUGUUAAAAUGAACAUUCGUUUUUUUUUUGUUUUUGCUAAUUUCUUUUUGAGUUUUUUGCGCGCACACAGGUGCAAUUGAACCGAAGAUCAACACAAAAAAACGCAGCGAAAAGAACGCAAGAACUCAGCGCAGUUGCUUGUGACGACAUACACGCAGCGCGAUCGUCCGAUCUUGCGUGUGCAAUCUCAAUAAAAAAAGAAGCAGAACACACAGCAAUCAGAAAAAAAAAAUACAACAAGAAUGAGGGUACAAGUCAAACACAAUGCGAACGAGGGACCGACGAUCAUCUGUUGCAUUGCGCAGCCAAGCAAAAGAACAAAAGUUAUCAAAAAGUCAGAGAUCGACGUCGACCGCGACAGACUGGCGACAGUAGCGUCACACAAGUCAAGUGGCGGUGAUUGCCAGCGAAGAGUGUGAAGAAUACCCAGCCAAAGACGCACGCAGAAGAAGUAGUAGUAAUUGAGCCAGUAGAUAGUAGCUAAAGAGUGUCUGUAUACGCUUGGAGUCACUGCAGCAACAACACGACGCCCAAGCGCGCACUUCGCUUGCCCGGCAGUCUAACUGGCGGCGCGUCUGACUGGCAGCGCGUUCAAUUAACCCGCCCGCUCAACGUGCAUGCCGCGUCGUCUAUCCGCAGUCGGGCUGUCGUUGUGUCUGCUUGCCGUAUGUUCGUCGAUGGCAAAACUGUUUGUUGUUGUAGUUUUCAUUUUUUGUAUUGCUGUUUGCUUUGGGUUAUUGUCUCCCGCAUGUGAGUGUGUGUGUGGGUUUCAAACAUUGCGGCUGUGGGCCACACACUCACCAGUCACACCAGCGCUAGCAUAAAGUCAGAAUUGUUUGCCUUUGUUGUUGUUAUGCACUUAAGCGCUGGUAUUUAUUUCGCCUUUUUCUUUUAUGUUUUUUUUUUCUCGUGCGGAUUGUCUGCUUUUCCCAGUUUUAUUAUGCUGCGCAUAGCUGUUAUUCAGCAUCUUGUUACACAUGUGUUGUUAUUGUUAUCAUCACAAGCGACGACCACGACCACGACCGAGGCGACGACGCACUAUCAGUACACUUGUGUGUUGUUGGCGCGCCUGCAGUCGCUGUUGGCGGCAUAAAUGUUGUUGCUGCAGCGCUCACAUAUGGCAUACAUAUGCAUGUAUGUUUGUUGGCAGGCGCGCUGCACUCGGUAGUCACUUGGCGCAAAGCGCGCUUGUCGUCAACGUCGGCGCUGACGUUCAGCCCUCACUGCGGCGCAUGCAUUAUUAUUAUUGCUGUGUGUUGUGUGAAGCAAAUAGAAAAUAUUUCAGUUUAAGCGUAACGUUGCAUACGUCAAGAUCGCGCGAUUCCGUAUGCUAAGCGCAAAAAUAUUUAGAUACACGCUACACUUAGCUAGUUAGUUGUUGAGAAGGCGUUUGAGAUCGCACGAGCGUGUGCGCGCUUUUAAAAAAUACUUACUUAAGACAAGCGCGCGCUCGCGUUAAUUAACAAUCGUAAGCGCCUAGCGAUUUUCGAAUUUUAUCGCGCGCACAGGAAAUGUGUAUUAAUUUCGUAACGCCAGCUUAGUGCCGACAACAAGUGUAGUGAUCGCGCGUACAGAGCGCGCUUGGUGAAAAUAAAAAAAUUUGAAAAAAUUUUGAAUAUUAUUUUUUUUUGUAUUAUCUGCAAGAAAAAGCGCUUAGUUGGCGGAAAAAUGUAAAAAUUGCGCGCUCAAUGUAACCAAGUGAAAUUUUACGAAAAUUUGCGUCGCGUUCCAAAUGUGAAAAAAAUUAUAAUAUUUUUCUUUUGUAAAUUUUAGUAUUCAUAAAUCAACAGCCGCCGCUUUGAAGUGCAAUUUUGUAGCGCGCAAAGCAUUAAAAUAGUGCAAAAAGUAUAUAUAGAAUCUAUCAUAUAUAGUUCUGUGUAUGUACAGCAUGUGUUGAGUGACACGAUCGAGCAACACGAUCAGCUGCCAAGUGAUUUUCCGUUGAUUUUCAAAUAAAAGUCUUACAAAAUCGCUAACUUAGCCAAUAGUAAACAAAUGUUAUACUCUAAACCAAUAGUUAAAGUGAUCUGCAAGUGAUCUGCCAGUGAUCCUCGUUUCGCAAGUGAUCCUCGUUACCAGCGCGCAAUCCUCAACUGACGAUUAGACAGUCAAAAUUCGUUACUCAUCAAAACAAGAGUGUCUCCUCGCAGAACGUUCUUAACUGUGUCGCCGUGUUUAAUUGAGUUCUACGAAUUUACGCUGUGUGUGACUGCAAGCAAAUAAAGCCAAAGCCGUAGCCGUAGUAAAAGCAAACGAAGUGGACGAAAAAUAACAAAACCUUUAUCAAAAAACAACAAAAACCAAAGUGAUCAUAAAGAUACUUGAGCGAAAGGUCGAGGAAUACCCUACCAACACAUUGCACGUAAGUGACUGUGAGCGCUUGUGUGUGUGCGUGUAUGUAAACGAAGACACUUGAGUUACACAAACGAACAGUGACGACGAGGAGGACGUCAGCAGCGGCGACACAUUGUCCGACGUUCAAGUACACGGCACAGCGGCAAGCAAUAAGAGCAACCUCCAGGAAGCAACAGACGAGUGCAAAAUCCAACAACAACAAUAAAACGUAUUACAACAACAGCAGCAAAGUCAUUAAUAAGCAAGCGCCGUACGUGCAAGCCGUAGCUACUAAUAAUAAAAAUAAAGUAUCUAGCAGAUACAAACACAUACACACACAUACAAGCACAAAUGCAUGUGUGCAUAUGUAGCUAGCUGCGUGUGUAGCCGCUGAGCAAAAGCAGUCACAAGCUGAGUACCAGCCAACAGGCGACAGAAGAUCACCGAGAACCUGAAAAGGAAGCCGCAACAACAACAAUUAAAAACAACAACAACAACGGCAACAGCACACACUUAAGACAAGUUGAGCUAAAUAGUUGCAUGUCACUGCUGUUAUUGUAGUGUUGUUGUUGCUUUUGUUGUAUUGCUUGUAGCUAGUCCCAUUGGUAAACAGCAUGAAAUAUUCGUGGCAUUAAAGACGGCGCCAGCAUACCUGCCAAUGUCUAUGGAUGUCUGUGGAACGGCGGCGCAGCCGUAGUCGCCGACGCGGCACUUACCGUUGUACAACUUGCUGUUGUUAUUAUUGUUGUUGUGUGCCAGACCAGGCCAGGCAAGGCAGACAAGGCAAGCCAGCAGCAGCAGUAGCUUGGCGAGAUCGUCGUCCAACAAGUCUAGAGGCAACGACGACGACAAGCAAGCGCGCUUAAUAACUGCAAAUUGAAUACGUCACGUUGCUACGCGGCAACAACAACAACAAUAAGCACAUAACUGCAACAAACACAAUAAGUAAAGCAAUAAAAGUUGCUACACGCUGUCAGUGCGAACGGUUAAAUCAAGCGCACCGCCGCACAAAGCCUGCAUUGACAACAGAAAAUUGCAGCGCAAGCAACAACAACAACAAAAGUACUAAAAUAGCAUUACAACAAAGUGGAGGCAGGCGAUUCAACACGCUGCAAGACUGCAUGAUCCCGGCGGCACAACGCAAUCUCGUCAACAAAACCUUAGCAACAGCAAUAUGGAAGCUGCCACAACAACAACUACAACAACAAAACACUAUAAUAAAACAACAAAAUUACAAAACAAUCAUCAUCGUGCCACAGAACGACGCGGCACAUAUCGCACGCAAGGCGGCGAAGCGCAAGCAAAUGCCAGCGAUAACGUCAAAGUGCCGAAGCAGACAGCCAAGCAGGCAAAGGCGGCAGCAGCAGCUGCACAACGCGCCGCAGCACUGGCUGCUUACACGGCAACGGAGACAGUAGUCAGCGGCAGCACUGGCAAGGCGACGGCUGGCGGUGCCAAAGAUCCACUUGCGAUUGGCAACGAGGCAGCGGUGGUCAUACAAGGCAACAACAAGUCGGCACGUGUCAGGGAAGCUAGAGGAGAGCAAAAGACUGUUGUAAAAUCGGAAACAGCCACAACAAAUGUUAGUAAUAACAACAACAACAAUACAACCACCGCCACUAGCAGUAGCAGCCACAACAGCAACAACAAACACAGUGAUACUAGUAACAGUAGUUUAAGCAAAAGUAAUUUUACCUUAAGUCAAAAUGAGUUGGCGCGCAAAAGUGAAAAAUCACAGCAGCAACAACAACAACAGCAAAAUGUCAACAAUAGUAGUGAUAUGACAGCAACAGCUAAAACAGCGGAGACAACAGGCCAAGGCGCAGCGCCAGUGCCGGCGCCCGCCGCCGAGCCGAAUACCUGGAAUAACGCACGGUAUUUACACAAAAAGUUCAAACGCCUCGCCAGCACCACAGAUGUGGACAGCCUGGUGGCGGACAGUCAGCGCGUCAAUGCCGCGGGCAGUAGCGCGAGCAGUGAGGCAGGCAGUGAGGUGGCGCCAACGCGCACCACCUCGCUGUCUUCAGCGGCGUCGACGAGCUCAAUAUCGCCGCCACCGGCCACAACACCCACACCCACAGCAGCGACGAACGCGCAAAGCACAGCGCCAACCGCCAACGCCGCUUUUGUACAAAGUGCCAUUGCCGCGUUGCCAUUGACGAAUGGACAUGCGCACGUGGCGGCGGCACCGGCUGUUGCAACAGCAGAACAGUCAAACUACAAUAACAAUGCGCAUAGUGUUAAGUAUAGCGGCGCGACUGCACAAAGCAGCAACCACAGUGAGAGCAAUAACAAUGAUAGCAUCAGCGCGGCGCAGCAGCUGGAAGCAGAGCAAAUACCGCAAACUUUGUCGCACAUUUAUGAGAAUCAACAGAGCCAGCAGAAUAACGGUGGCAAUAGCAAUGCCAGCACGGGACGCUAUGUGUGUCCCUAUUGCAAUUUGAAUUGUACAAAACCGUCGGUGCUGCAGAAGCACAUACGCGCGCACACCAACGAACGUCCCUACCCGUGCGACAUCUGCGGCAUCGCAUUCAAAACGAACAGCAAUUACUACAAGCAUUGCCGAUCGCGUUCGCACGCUGCGCGGAAACGCGGUAUUGCGGUGCCUAUAAGCGCCGAUGAUGGGCUGUUCGGCGGCUCCGAUCAGGAAGGCGAUCCGGAAUUGAGCAACAGCAGCUCAGAUGUGUUAAGUCGCACCGCUUCGCCGCUAGAAGAUCUAAGCACCACAUCAUCGCCUGUGGUAAUGAGCACUACGGCGACCGCAGCCAACACGCUUACUCCGCAACAACUGCAGCAGCUGCAGCAACAGCAACAAAAGCAGACGCAACUGCAACAGCAACAACAAAUUGUUUUGGCAAUACAACAACAGCAGCAGCUGCAGCAAGCAAGCGCCGCGCAAUCAACGCAUGUCGCGCUACCAUCCGCACCCUCACCAUCUUCGCUUUCGUCAGCGAAAAGCGCCUACUUGCAACAGCCCGCGCAGCAACAACCGCAACAAUUACCGCUGGGGUCACCAGCUGCUGGCACAUUGCCGCCACCGCAGUCGCAGACAACAAAUGCCACCACAAUUACUGCCGUCACCACGACGUCUAAACAGGCCGCCGCCGCCACCGAGCUUAAACCUUACAAACCGAAAUUUCACAAUGCGGCGUUUUACGCGACGACUAAGGAAGCAGCCGCCGCUGUCGCAGCUGGCAUGCCGCCCGGUCUGCUGCAACCCUUGCCACUACAACAGUCGCCACACCAGCAACUACCACAAGCACCACCACACAAUAUGCCGCCUGCUACACACCUAGCUAUGCUGCCGCAAGCGCCAGCGCCACCACCAGCGCCAACUGCGGUGCAUCAUCCAUCGCUGUCACCCAGCACACAAGUGAAGCUGAGCAAUCACAUCAACACACAUCAGUUACAGUUGCAGCUGCAGCAGCCACAACAACCGCACGCGCUACACGUACUACCGCCGCCGCUCAAUGCGGGCAUACCGCUGCAUCACGUGGCGGCCAUGUCGCCGAAAAGCGCCGGGCCGCGUCCUGACUUGGUGAACGCAGCAGCGGCAGUAGCAGCGGCCAACAUGGGUUAUCUGCCAGGCACGCGCAUGAUUUAUCCAGGUGGCAUUGAUCUUCCGCCUGAGGCACUGCACAUGAUGACGGCUGAUAAACGUCAAAAGCUUCACUUCCAAUACAAGUGGCUGGAGCAAGAGUUGCAACAACACUUUCACAAGCUAAGUCAGCAGCAGCAACAGCAGUUGCAGCAUAUGUCGCCCUCACAGUUAACCGCACAUGCACCACCAGCACCAACAACAGUACUAAAACCCACCGCUACAUUGCCAGUGCACGCGCGCGCUACGAGCGCCGCAAAUGCCCAACACGUAAGCGCAGCGCCGACAGCAGGUAUGCAGCAAAUGACUGCGUCUGCGCCGUUGCCCGGCGCGCAACAAACGCCAUUACAAUAUUUCUCCAACACUGGCGGUGGCGGUAUGGUGAGCGCCGCCAGCAGCACCACCAGCAACACCACAGCCUCCAUAAGCACCGGUAUAUUGCAUAGCAACAUAUCCAAUGCGGCCGCCAGCGGCACAAACAAAGUGGCCGAUCUUGUGCAAGAACACAUUACCAAGUUGAUCUCACAGAAUGAGGCAAUAGUGGAGAAUAAAGCGGUGCUUUUGCAAAAGAAAUAUCCGAAGGGUCUGAAUCGCUCGCGUAGUUUUACGAAUAAUGGCGGUGGCAACAAUAGCGGCGCGGCAGCCACCUCAACAGGCACUGCAGGUGGCAGCAACGUCAGUUUGGUCGCCACUACCGCGGUAGGCAGCGAUAGCGCCACCAACGCUAGACUAGCGCAAGCGAUUGUACAGAAGCAACAACAGCAACAGUUACAACAACAAUUGCAGCAGCAGCAACACUACCAACAACAAUUCCAGCAACAGCUAAUGGCCGGCUCACAGGCUAUGCAAAUGCCACCGCCCUCGCAGCAGCAGCAACAGCAGCAUAUUGCACAGCUGCGUCUCGAGGAGCAACAUCAACAGCAUCAACUGCAGCUGCAACAACAACAGCAACAGCAACAUCACAUGCAACCAAAUGGUAUUUCAAAGAAUCUAAUGUCAAUGUCCAGCGCGACAAAGUCCAGCGGCAUUUCAGGGCCUAUGCCACAGCACUUACAAACUUUGCAUUCGCAACCACAACGGCAUCCAACCACAUCCGCUUACAGACAGCAACAGCUGUCGACUGCGUUGCCACCAGAAACGCAACGCCCAACACCGUCACCUACAAGCAAGGAUAACAUGAACGCGAUGCAGCAGAUAAGCGCCGCCGCCAACUCAAAUGCGCUGCCAUUGAACCUCUCCGCUAAGCCGAAGCCGCGUCAGGAAGAACAAGCCGAUACCAUUCCAGCUAGCAACUUAGCCACCACAACGCCAAGCAAUACACCGCGCAAGCGUCAGUCUAUCGAAAACCAGAUGUCCAAUUCCAGCAAUGAUGGUUCCACCAACAGUUCGAUGGUUACCGCGCCGCCAGCUGUUAGUAGCGGCACCGCCAAUGCCAAGCAACCAACGAAUGUUUCUAUAAUUAAGAAUUUGCUGCUGAAUGCGCGUGGUUUGGCGAAACCAACCGGCGAAGGUGAGGAUGCUGUUUACAAUUGUCCGCUCUGCUCGAAUACCUUCCGCACGGCGGAGGACUUACAACUGCACAACAGCACAUACUGCCAAGGUGCCGCAAGCGCGCCCAUCAGUCCAGUAUCGUCGCCUUCGUACCUCCACUUCCGCUCGAACUCGAUGACAUUGAAUCUGCCCGAGCUGAAGAAUACCAUCUUAAGUUCACAAAAUCCACUGCCGCUCGCUAAGCUGGCUUGGUAUCAGCUACGCACCAAACCGAGUUCGUUGGUUUUAAGUCGACUUAGCGCUUCGCAGGCUGGCAGCUCAAAGGCUACUACAACCACGACUACUUCAGCGACAUCCACCGCACCGACUAGUUCAACAAGUAGUAAUAGCGUUGCCAAUUGUGUUGCUUCGCCUAGAAGUACACCGCCUAAUGGUCCACCGGCCAAUUUGACGUUACCCGAUCCGAACAUUGUGCGUUUGAUCGAUGCACCACUGCCAUCACCAGGUCCACUGUUGGGCAAAACACCACUUGUCGAUUUUGGCAAUACCAGCGAGACGCGUAAGUCGUCAGAAGAUGUGAUUAUAACCAAAAUGCAUGAAGAUCGUCAAUUCGAGACACAUACAUCCGCGAAACGCGCUAAACUGGCUUCGGAAAGCAACGAGAUAUUUUCGCUAAAUCAAACCUCAACCAGCAGCGGUAGUGGGGUGAUGGCCGCAACGUCAAGCAAGCGCUUGACCAUCAAUAGCAUUAGUGGCGGUGAUAUACAGCUGCUGCCCAACACCAGCACCAGCGACCUGAGCAAAAAGGAGGAACGCAUGCGCCGCUUCACCUCUUCCGGCGGCUGUAUAAUACCACUCUCGGAGUGCAGUGAUGUGGAUAAGAGCACAAAAAUGAUACGUACACCCUUGCUCUCAGGCGGCAGUUUUCAGGAAGUCUCACCCAAACCGAAGGAUAAGGAGAACAAAAGUGGUAUUGCAUUGCCCUUUCCGAACAGCAGUGCCUUCACGUCUAAACUAAGCUUGGUCGGUCUUGGUUUACCCACAAAUGGGCCGCAGCAUUUUCAUCAGUUCUCCAUCAACCCCAUAACAGCAUUCAAUCCGUUAACGCUGCCACCUUUGCAGAGCAUGACCGGUAGUGGUGAGAAAAUAAUACCACAUGUACCCGGUAUACCUGGACCAAAUAGUCUAACACCCCAACUGCCACCACCGCAACAUCUGCAGCUGCCGCAACCGGUACCACAACUGCUGACCGCAGGACGUUCGCUCAGUCCGAAUCGUAAAAAGACACAAAGUCCGCUGUUAAUUGCUAACAGUGUUAGUCCCAAAUCUAUGACGAUGUCGUCGCAGGAAAAUCUCAAAUCUGCAUCACCAUUUCGUAGCGCGCAAAAUGCACCCAACGAGUUCGAGCGUGCAACAGGCAUGCGUGCGGCACGCAAUUGGAAUUCGCAAGCUGCAGCAGGCUCGACAAGCAAGCCAAAUAGUUUGGAUGUGCCGAAGAAGCCAUUUAAUUUCACACGCAUGGCUGACAAUAUAAGUCCACGCAAAGGUGGGAGCGCCAAUGUGCCAAAAAGCUCACCACCCGAGGGUGAAGUGCGUCACUUCAAUUUCGAUCAUUUAACUAAGGAUGUGGAGACUGGCACCAGUACACCGGCAAACUCUGCACUCACACCACUACAUGUUGAUAUUAGUGCCAGCGCCGCGUCUGGCAAUAGCAACAGCUCGGAGCCCACCGACGCCGAGAGGAAGAAAUCUAAAUUUCUGCGACCAACCAGUCUGCCGCUCAAACCAGGCACAUUCACACCGAAAAGACAUCACGGCAUCACACCAAAUGCCAACACACUGCCGCUUAUUUCACCGGAGACACCACGCCAAUCCAAGUCUUGCGUACAACUCUAUUUGAACGGACAUGCCUACACAUAUUUAGGACUCAAAUGUAGCACCAAAAUGUUCUACUGCACCGUCAACUGUCCGCAGGCUUCUUAUGUGGCGGGCGCACAGAAGCUCUCCAUGUACAGCGUUUGGAAGGUUUGCGCGGAAAACAAUCCACACCCGUUGGGCUUUAAACCGAAGUUGGUGAUGUCCUUGUAUGACUCACGUCAGAAGAGCUCGACCAGCACUAUGGCCGGCAUGAAUAAGCUCCCCUACACUUUGGUUGUCUCGCAGCAGACCGUUAUGACACCCUUCGAGAACAAUCAGGGUCAGUAUCUGCAUCAUCAAUUAAAGCAAAUCUCACUUAACACCAAUACUACGGAGAGCGCCGACCAGUUGAAGAAGAUUAGCGCCGGUAGUAGCGGUAGCAGCAGUGGUAGUAGUGGCAGUGCAGAUGGCAGUAGCAAGAAAGAGCCAUCGGCUAGCCAAAUGUUAGUUGGUGGCUAUGAAUCGCAUGAGGACUACACCUAUAUACGUGGACGUGGUCGUGGCCGAUAUGUCUGCUCGGAGUGCGGCAUUCGUUGUAAAAAACCUUCGAUGCUGAAGAAACAUAUACGUACCCAUACGGAUGUACGUCCAUACACUUGUAAACAUUGCAAUUUCAGCUUUAAGACAAAAGGCAAUCUAACGAAGCACAUGCAGUCAAAGACGCAUUUCAAGAAAUGCCUUGAACUCGGCAUUAACCCUGGACCAAUGCCGGCUGAUGGUGAAUUUCUCGAACCGGAACCAGAGUUCGAUCAACAAUCGACCACAUCGGCUGGUGGACGCACGUCGUCCAUACCAGGCGAAUCGGACUCGGACGAUUACAGUGAUAACGAGUCCGAAAGCAGCGGUAGGCAUACGGACGAGUCGAAGUCGCGUCUGCUCGAGCAUGAAGCGGCGCGUGGCUUGCUUUCGCUCUCUAUGACACCACCCAUCGGACAAAGCAUUUCACCACAUCCGAAAACUGAGCCAUACCCAUAUCAACAGCAUGGCGAACGCGUAGAAACAGCCGCUAUGUCGUUUGUGGGCCAGACAAGCAUGGCAACAACAGCAGUCACAACAACCUGUGCGUCAACUGGUAGCACACAUCCCACCGGUAUUAAACGUGUCAUAUCAUUCAGUUCACCCAAACCACCGUUCGACUAUCAGAAACAAGAGCAAUACUACUCCAAUCCCGAAGAGUCAAAGCCGAAACCCAAUAAUAACGCCGCUGCAGCGAGUUAUGAAAGUGCACCCAUAGAUCUCACCAAGCCACGUGCUGCCGUAAGUGUAACGAGCUCGUCUGUAACGGCCAGCACAGCUGCAGUUCAGUUGAGCAAUACAGCGCUUGCAGAAGAAUACAGUGGCAGCACAGCAGUGCCGCUGAGUGGUCCGCCAGUACAAACACAAGCGCAAAUACGUGAUGUGAUCUUCGGCAAUAGCAACAAUGAAUCUGGUUUCUUGAAGACACUCAUAUCAGUGUCGGACAAGGUGCGUAGCUCCACUGAAAUGCUUGAGAACUACAAGAAUGGCGAUGAGCUUUCGCAAGCCUACCAAUACCACAAGGCAUUCCAAUACCAUAAAAUCAAGCAAAUCCAAAUGAACCAGAGCUUCCCCGAUGCCGUCAAUGUGAACGCUAUCAAUCAAAAUCUCGCCAGCACAACAAACAUGAGUACCGUAAGUGUAGCGGGCGCUGGAGCCAACAUAGCGCUCACAACAACAGCGACUGCAAGCAGCGGUGUGCGUAUUUCAGAGAGCAUAGCCACGACAGUGUUAACCAACGAUACCACAGAUGCCACAGACAGUCCACCGAACAAAUCCUCAGCCGCCACCUCGAACAAAGUGGAGAGGGAGAAGAACACAACUGAGUUGCAAGUACCCACAAUCGAAGUCAAUGCAGCACCAACGGAAGAGUCGAAGAGCGAACAAACAGUGGCUCCAGCAACAGCCGCAACAGCUGCAAGCACUAAUAAAGUUAAUGUUUCGAGCAGCAAUGCCACUAAUACCAAACCAAUACCCACAAAGUCCAACGUGCCUGCGGCUUGUAAAUCAUCCGAUGAAGGUGAAGAUAGUGAAUACAUUUCCGAUCAGGAACAACCAGCAGCAGGCCAUACCGCGAAACGCAGUCGAAACGUCAGCAAUACAGCAAGCAACAACAAUACAACAAACACAGAGUCGCAUAAUGCUAAGUUGCCUGCGGUUGUGGCACAACCGGGAACUACCGAUUUCACAGGCGUGCUUUCGGCACCUGGACGUACAGUCGUUGUUGGCGAAGAUGGUCUAAAGAAGUCUGGUAAUAAUGAAAUUCAACCCGUCUAUCGCGUACGCAUGUCACCCGAUGGACGGCCGGUGUGUAAAGUUUGUACCAAAACGUUCCAGACACAAGGCCAAUUGUCUUUACAUAUGAAUAUACACUACAUGGAGCGCAAGUUCCGCUGUGAGCCAUGCGGCGUAUCUUUCCGCACGCAAGGUCAUCUGCAGAAGCAUGAACGCGCCGAAGCGCAUAAGAAUAAAGUCAUGAUGACGUCCACCUUCGGCGUGCCUACAACUUCCAACCCACGUCCUUUCGAGUGUACCGACUGUAAAAUCGCCUUUCGCAUACACGGGCAUCUCGCCAAGCACUUGCGCUCUAAAACACAUGUACAAAAAUUGGAGUGCUUACAGAAACUGCCCUUCGGCACUUAUGCCGAGAUCGAAAGAGCCGGCAUUAGUCUCACCGAGAUUGAUACCAGCGACUGUGAGAACUCGCUGAUCUCGCUGAAAACACUUGCACAAAAACUCAUCGAAAAGGAUCCGAACAAAUUGGGCAGCUACACAACACCUUCGGGCAUGAGUGUCGGCAGUGGACUGAGUGGCGCCAGCGGUGCUAUGGGCGAGUCAGCUGGCAUAAGUAACAAUCACAGCGCAAUUGUGUCGCAAGAUAGCGCAUCGGAGGACGACUUCAGCGCUGCUACAAUUGCAGCGGCCACAGCUAUUGCCUCGCUGGACAACGAUAGCGCUACGAACACGCCGAAACGCACUAACUCAACCUCGGAAGACGAAGCCAUCGCAAGCGGUUUGAAUAAUAAUCUCAAACGCCGUCUGCCCGGCAACUUCAGCAAUGGCGAAGAGAGCGACAAUCCCACCGAGAGUGCGAGCAGCGAGAAACGUGCGCGCGUCUCCUCACUCUCCAGCAUCGGUGCGGCCAGCGCCACCGCUGCGGUCGGCUCACCCGCAUCGAUCACCUCGUCGAAUGCAUCGUCAAAUAACUGACAUUAUGCCUAUGUGCCGUCGAGCGGAUGAAUAAGAGAUGGUUUGCCGCUGACAAUGCCUCAACACAGCACCGCCGUCAGGCCACAGUCAUCAGCAACGCAGCCAAUAACCGCACAAUGGCAAACGCCUGCUUUGCAAUGCAACAAUUUUCACAACGCCACUAACAGCGACUGGAGCGGUAGUAGUGCUGGUGGUUUGGGGCAAAAACAAUUUCACCUGCAAUUACAAUAUCAGCCGCGCCAUGCGGUGGAAACACCGUUUGCCUUUCCCCAGUUGAUGCAGAGGAAGUACUAGCGUGUAGUACGGUUGAAGCGGCUAACAAGUGCGUAAGCGCGUGAUAUGUACAUACAUAUAUAAAGAGUUUAUAUUAUAUAAAGUAGAUUUGUGUAAGAAAUUAUGCUAAGCGUUUGAGUGUAACGGCAGUUGUGCUCAGUUGAAAACUAGUUUUGAAAAGACCCAAAAAGUCAGCGCAUAUCCUGUAUUACAUAUCGUAUGUAGACAACAGUUGUACAUAACGGAUACACUUACAAAUACACACUUUUUUACAACAAUAAUCUCAUUUUUUUUACAUAGUAGGCAGCAAAUUUGAGGUUAUUUCGAACCAUGAAACACAAAAACCGCUAAAUAUUGAGAGAAAUAUUAAAAAAAAACAUAAUAAU